UUUGCACACUUUUCGCAUAGGUGUGCUAUAACCAAAGUUUUACCCACUUCUUAACCAGCGGAAAUUGUAUAAUAAUUACGGAAAAAUACUGACCUGGACUCAAUUUGGAUUUGUGUCAGUGCUAGAAAGAAAAUGCUGCAGCUGCAGAAAUCUAUCGUGGCUAGCAAAAGAUUUGGCAACAGCCUUCCAUUCAGAACCAUUCCCCAUCGGGCAACCAAGUGAAGUGGAUAAAAUGGCUUUGGCAGCGACCCCAACAGCAGGACCUUCGCAUGGCGGCUUGGCAAUGACCGUGAAUUCGGCCGGUGGCUAUGAUAGUAUCAAUCAAUACGAGGAGAAUGCCGAGCACCUACGACAGCUGUUCAGCCAGAACAAGCUGGUGUCCUUUAGCAUUGCCCAUAUCGCUUGCUCCGCGGGCAGCAGCAGUGGUGACAACUACAUGUCGGUGGUGAAGCGAGUCACCAUUACCCAGGCGCCAGACAAGGAACUGGACCAGGAGCUAGCCAGAAGUGAAAUUGUCACGGUCAUCGUCAAACGGCAAAUUGCUAGUCUAUCACGCCGGCAGCUCUACAGGUGCGAGGAGGCCUUCAGCAACGAGAUCAGCGCCUACAGACAUUUGACGCCUCUCCUAAACGCCCACAGUCGGCAUCAGCUCUUUCCGGUGUGCCACAUAGCGGAGAGUCAGGAUCGAAGGGAUCCCGAAGGUGGAGAGCCGAUCAUCGUACUGCAGGAUCUUAAAGCCUUGGGUUUCCGCAUGAGAGAUCGUCUGGCGGGAUUGGAAUUAAAUGAUUGCCUCCUGGUUAUGAAGAAAUUGGCUCAACUGCAUGCUGCCUCGUUAGCCGCUAAGGAACUGGAGUCCCCUUCUUUCGAGUUAGAAGCAAAGCACCUCCAGGAGAUAGUCUACUGCGAUGAGGCGACAGACUUCUAUGCCACCAUACUGGACACCUCGGUUCAGCAGGCUCUGGAGAGUCUAGGUGGUUCCAAUGUAGACGACAGUCUGACCACACCGAUUCGUUUGCUUGAAGAAGUCCGUACAAAUUUGUUUGGAAAACUAAAGCACGAGAUUAAUGCCACUGCGGAGGCUCCGAAUAGUGUGAUUUGCCAUGGUGACUUGUGGGUGAACAACAUUAUGUUCCGCUCUGAGCCAGAGGAGGUGAUCUUUUUCGACCUUCAGGCCAUGCGCCGGUCCUCGCCCGUUUUUGACAUUCUUCACUUUAUAUACACCAGCACGAGAAGGAAUCUAAGGGACGUACACACGGAUACUCUGCUGGCAGCCUAUUCCGAAGCUCUUGGCCAGGAACUAAGACAUCAACUGGGCGAUACACCUGCUGCUGAUAGGGUAGAGAACCUAUGCGACGCAUUUUCUCUGCAGCGUCUUAGUGCGGAGUACGUGCGUCAAGUGCACUACGGUCUGGCAAUCGGGAUGUGGAUCCUACCCGCUGUAACCUUCGAUCCGGACAACCUACCCAAUUUGGACGUGAUGAGUGAACAGAAUCUAACGGGUAAGGAGAUCAAAUGCACCCAAACGCUCACAUCCGAGUAUCAUCUGCGCAUUCGGGAGCUCGUGAUGGAGUUCUACGAACUCGGCUAUCUUCAAAUGGGAGAGUAAAACUCGAACAAGUAUUCAUAGUCAUGUAGUGAUAGAAUUAACCUAUAAACUCUAAAGUUUGCAAUAAAUAGAUAAUAGAUUUGCCCUUGAGGAACUAUA